UGCCCCUUCCCUUCCCCUCCCCUCUCUCUGUCCCGUCCCGUCCCGUCCCUCCCCUGCGCCGCGGAAGAUGGAGGGCUACCGGCGGUUCCUGGCGCUGCUGGUGUCGGCGCUGCUGCUCGGCUUCGUGGCGGUGGUCUGCUCGCUCGUCUGGGUCUUCCGGUACCGAGAGGGGCUCGGCUGGGACGGCGGCGCGGCCGAGUUCAACUGGCACCCCGUGCUCGUCGUCACGGGCUUCGUCUUCAUCCAGGGCAUCGCCAUUAUUGUGUACAGGUUACCUUGGACCUGGAAGUGCAGCAAACUCCUAAUGAAGUUCAUACAUGCUGGAUUAAAUACCAUAGCUAUGAUUCUUGCCAUUGUUUCUAUGGUAGCCGUGUUUGAAUAUCACAAUGCCAGGAAUAUUCCCAACAUGUACAGUCUGCACAGCUGGAUUGGGCUGACUGCUGUUAUAUUUUAUUCUCUCCAGCUUUUCUUGGGCUUUGCUGUCUUUCUGCUCCCAUUUGCUCCAGUUCCUCUCCGAGCGGCUCUCAUGCCAAUCCAUGUUUAUUCGGGUCUCCUCAUCUUUGUAGCAGUGAUUGCAUCAGCUCUCAUGGGAAUCACAGAAAAGCUUAUAUUUUCUCUUUCUGCAUAUAGUGAAUCCCCACCAGAGGCAAUAUUUGUCAACUGUCUUGGUCUCUUGAUUGUCACAUUUGGUGCGCUUAUUUUGUGGAUGGCAAGCAGGCCUCACUGGAAGCGCCCACCAGAAGAAAGCACUAAAGUUCAGCGGCCCAACGGCGGGGCUCCGGAAGGCGUGGAGGCAGAAUCUACCAUGACGGAUUGCAGUAAUGCAGACAGAUCUGACGCGGGGUUCAACAGUGAUGCGGCCAGAAAACGAAACUUCAAACUUGAUGAAGCAGGCCAACGAUCAACUAUGUAAAGAAAAUACAUAGAAAAGCAGUACUAGUAUACUGCCCAAAAGCCUGUUCCUUCCAACUCGGUUAUAUGGAGAUAUAUAUAUAGGUUGCAAUUUUAUUUACAGUAUGGCUUGCUCAAAGACAUUCAAGCUUUCUGCAUAUGAAUUUAAAUUCCAGUGAGUCCCAAACACAUUAUAUUGGUUCAUGCUCAGUCCUCAUUUAAAGAAAAAUGAAUGGCAUUGCAUAAUGGGAACACGUUUUCCACGUCACUUUUUAAAUUAAUGUUUUUAUCUCUUACAGUCAUGAAAAGUUAUGGAGACUAAAUUAUGUUCUGAGAGAUUUUACAGGUAUGAAUGAAAGCUGUGACGUGUACCAGAGAACAGAAUUUAGCUGUAAGCCCAUGCUAACGUUUACUUUUUUAAGGACUUGAUUUCUCAAGUUGACUAACCCCUCACAAACAACUAAGACCUAUAGGCUUUGAGGUCACUCAGCACUUUGCAGAGUUGCACUGUACAAGUUUUUAGUCUAAAAUUUUGAAUUCAGACAAAGAAAUAGAACAAUUUGCCUGUUAUCAUAGUGAAAUGUUAUGUGGCUUUUUAAAACUUCAUGGAGUUUUUUGUUGUUUGUUUGAUUGUAAUCAGAAUGUAUCUGUUGAAUUUCUACCAAAUAUAUAUAUUUUAUAGAGAUAACAUAUACUUUACUGAAAUCUUAGGAAACUGCAAUGCUUCCAAGAAUUUGUCUUGGAAAGCUAUAGAUACGCACUUAGAAAAAUAUGUAUUGCUUAACCAAAUCUUCUUUCUAUCCCAGAAGGCAGCAUUUUACUAUCUUGAUUUGAUCGUACAGUUCCUAUUGAUUUAUGGCAGUAGACUAGAAAUUAGUUGGUUAGAAACCAGAGUAGACUGGUAGUGAUAUCAGAUAAGAAAGGAGCUUGAAGUGAGAGAUGUUUUCUGCCAAGAAACAGAUGAGCUUUGCUGAUUUGAUUAAAAUACUACCAGUUAACUGAAAGCUGAUUUUGCCAUCUCUGUACUGGUGUCACAGUCAUUAUUGUGAUAAGAAUUAAGACAUAAUUUAGUCUACAAGCAAGCUACAUUAACUCUGACCUCUUUUAUUUGAAAUUAAAGCGUUAAAUAAUGCAGUUCAAGUCUCUACUGGCACUUUAGUUUUAUAGUUCUUUCUAGUAAUCAGUGUAUUAAUGUAUUAUGCUCAUUCAGUUCUUUCACAGAUACAAACAAUACUUUUUUAUUACCACAGAAGAAUAAUUGUAAUAGAUUAUUUUGAUUGCACAUUUCCAAAGUGACGAGCCUUUCUAUUAUAAUGUCUUCUAAACGCUACAGAACCCAUUAAAAGUCAUCUUGGUAACUGCAAUACCUGUUCUAAAUUUACCAUUCUUCAUGUUGCAUAGACUGUUUCAGGCAUUAGAUCAUUUCCUUUUUAAGGCUAGAUAAAUUUGCAUCUAUCUAAUUAAAAUAUUCAAACAUAUUAAACUUUGGCAAAUACAUAUUUUUGUAGUUAGUGUUGCAUUAAUACAAACAAUUUUGGUUAUGCAUUAUUUUGCAUCUUUGACAAAAAGCACCUCAGUUCCUGUUAUUUGAUUUGUGAUAACAUUUAAUUAUUUGGUGAGUGCAGUAUAGAAAGCUAGCAGAGCACAUUAUUAGAAAAAAAAAAAAAGUUACCUAUUGUGCUAUUUGGUACUCAAGGACUACAUCCCAGAGUUCUGCUUUCACUUACAUAUACAUGUGGAUGCUUAAGACCCAUCUAGCAUUGGUGACCUGUUUCAUGUGAGAAAACGCUUGUCCAGUCCCAGUGUGCACAAUGGAUUGGACAGCUUUUUCCUUGUUUUUCAAGCUCUACACAAUCGUUUGUUUUCCCUAAAAUUGUUCUGGGCAGCUACAGCAUAAAAUCCAAGCAGUACUACUAGCAGCUUUCUGAAAGAAAAAUGAGAACAUUUGUUUUACUUGAAAUGAGUGCUCAACUGACAUGAUGUUAUGCAUCCUACUGUGUAUAUUACAUAUUAAGUAGCAAAAGGGAUUUGCUGUAGCUUCUGGAGAACACUAAACUGUGCUACCAUUUUUUCUUGUGAUCUCUUUGUGUUCUGCUCAAAUAAGCCUGUGUUUCUGGUGAAAUCAGUAAGCAUUUUGUUACAGCUGGUGGAUGCACAUCUAGUCUUUGUGUGAGAUGCUCUGUUAAUGCUUUUGAAGUAUGAGUUCAUGUAUGCAAUUCACAACACGAGGACCACAGGCAACUUUAAGUUGGUGUGUAUUGCUUUGUUGCUGAGUCUCAUCUAUGUUUGAACAUGAGCCCAUUCAAUCCUUGCAUAGCACUGAGUCAUCUAAUAUAAAGUGUGUGCAUGUGUGCAAGGUAGUCCAAGGACUGUUCUGGAAUAAACUCUAACCGUAUUGUAUAUUGGGAAGAAAAAAACCCUUUUAUUUCCUUUGUUACAACACUGACUUAGAAGUAUCAAAAUAACAACUUCUGGGUGAACAUGCUGUUUAAAUUUAAGCUACAGUAACCAGCCUUUUGUUUUCCAUUUUAUUCCACAAACUGUUCAUGACACUUGAAAAAGAAAGGUGGCGUUUCUUUACUUCUCUAUUCUGAUGAUAUAAAACUAAUUGAAAAACAAGGAUUAGCAAACUUUUGGAGGUAGUCUGUCAGACUCUAUUUUUGUUUUUCAACUUUGAGGAUAAACACAAUGGUAAGAAACUCAAUGGGAGCUGGGAGAUUCCAUUCUGGGCAAUUAUCGUUACAAGCAGGUAAUCAGUGAUAUUUCGUUUGUGUGGUGUGGGCUUCUGGCUGCUUUGAACUUUGGAGGGUCCCUGGGAGUAGCUCCAAGCUCCAAAACCUUGCUCAACCUUAGUGUGUGCCAUUUAAAGUAGCCUCAACAUGCUAUAGACUUUGGCUUCUGCUCUAAAUUGAUUUAAAAGAUCUGUAAGUAUCCUUGCAACAUAUAAGGUUAGUUCAAGUGCUAAAUAAAAAUACAUAGGACUUGGGAGAGUAAUUUUCUUUGGAAAAAAAUGUACUCAUACAGCCACUUCUCAAAGGGGCCUUCCAUCACUUUUUCUUUCAUACAGAUUUUUUUAUUUUUUUUUACCUGUAGUUAUGUGCAGUGGUAUCAACACAGGAAAUAAAAAGGGUGCAUUUUCAGAGAUAUAAAAAGAAGUUAUAAUUCUAGCUUUUUUACCAGUUUUUGGCAUGUGCGAACAUCUACAUUGUUACGUUUUUACAGGGACAUGAUUGUACAGCUUACAGUCCAAGUUUGAAUUCCCAUUAAAACAGGAAGUUACAAAACCUACCAAUAAAAGUACUAUUUUUAAGAUGUCUGAAAAAAUAAUUACUUUUAAUAUACUUGCUGUCUUGCUGUACUGAACACAAAGGCAGAACAGUGUUUUUUCUGACAUUAAUGAAACUGAAAGAUAAUGGUGUGCAAAUUAGAUUUUAAAAUUGAAUGUACAGUAAUUAUAUGUACACAUCUUACUACAUGUAGCCAUGAAGAUUGCAUAUGAUAUUGUAAAUAUGGAUUACUUAUAAACUUGGAUAUUUUAUUGAGAGAGUAUCUGAUAUUGCCAAAUAUUUUCUAAUACGAAAGACUUCCUUUUGUUUUCAUAUCUGAAAAAUCUUUCCUCUGUUUCUAAUUGUUCACAAGAACGUAAAGAAUUAUUUUAUUGUUUUGUUACUUGCCUUACUUACUUGUAGAUUAAAGCAAAUGUUUAAUUACAAUGUAUAUUUUCUUACUCUGUUUUAUGUUAAUAAAAAAGAAUUUUCAAGCUUA